AUGGCUGAACGGAAUUUAACUACAUUUGGAUUAACAGAUGAAACCACUACACCCACAUUAAGAACAUUACUUCAAAGUGCAGCUUCUCAUACGAACUUUACUGAUUCACCAACGCCUUUUAGUACAUUAAGCACACCAGUUAGUUCCCCUUUUCCCCAAGAUUUACAUACAGACACAACUACUAAUAUUACAACUGAUGGAUUUCCUGCCAAUACAACUACAUCAGGUACACCGUUUAAUGUUUCCCUUAUUCAAGAUGCGGUCACAUCUGCAACUACUACAGUACGAAAUGCUGUGCAUGAAGUACUAAAUACAACAGUUGGAAACGCUACAAGUUCAGAAAUGAGAAGGAACGUUACUGAAGCGUUCAGUUCUACUGUUUCAGAUAUGUUUAAUUCUACUCAGAAUGCCACGUCCAGUCCGACUUCUGCCAGUAUAACAGUAGGAAGACAUAUGUCUAGAUUAGGCCGAGCAAUCGCAGAAUCGGCAAACUCUACCAUUAGCAGUAUUGAAAGUAUGGGUACAACUGGUACUGCCACUAUUAAUACAUCUUCCCCAUCAUAUACGAAUAUCACCACAAAUGGAACCAACACUACAGCUACAGAGUUUAACCCUUCUAUACCUGCGUUUUUAAUAACCUUGUUCUUUAUUUCAGUUGCCAUAUUUGCGUAUAUAAUAUUUACGAAUGUUCGUGAUAGGAGAAAGGAUAGAAAAAGAGAAAGAGAAGAGAUUGAAUUACAAGAAAUGUUGAUGAGACUACAUGCAGAAUGCGAUAAUUGGGAGAAUCUACGUCGUUGUAGACAUACAAGGCUUUAUUAUGGUGAAUCAAGUGAUUCUGAUUAUGAAUAUGAAAGCAGUGAUAAAACUGACGAUUAUGACGACUAUAAUAAGAAGGACGAUGGGGAUGAAGGUAAAGACAAUGAUAAGGAGGGCGAUGGGGAUGAAGGUAAAGACAAUGAUAAGAAGGACGAUGGGGAUGGAGGUGAAGACAAUGAUAAGGAGGAAGAUGGGGAUGGAAGAUAUCUUCUUGGUACAGAUUAUAAUUCGUUUUUUUCAAGUAUGCUGAGUUUACAUUAA